AUGGCCUCAAACGAAGCUCAGUUCUCGUCGCACGAGGUUGCACAAAGUCAUGGUAUCAUCAACAGUGAUACGUACGAGACAAACCGACACAAAGGUAGCGGUGUCGUCACGGUCAAUGCGCAAGACGGAUCAUAUCUCCAGAACUCAGGGAUUCGGCCCAGGGACUUGAAAGGUUACCGACACAUAUUUGAUCCGUGGACAAAGAUCAAGUGGGAACAUCCCAGGUUCUACCGUGAACCAGGGCUCGGUUACCAGAAGCUCAGUCAUCAUCGUCAUAAAGACGUGUUUGAGCGCGAAUGGACCGGCGACUACGACGACCGAUACUUGUCAGCGUGGGAUGGGAGAAUCUCAAAACUCGUUGUCCAGACUGUUGACGAUAUAUACGACAACAACACGACCGCAACGUACAGGCGUACAUUCAUUCGGAACAUAGCGCCACUAUACCUGAGACUGGCCAAUUGGCCCUUCAACCAUGUCAAUUAUCAUCUGAAUGACGGAAGACCGACCAGCGAAGGCACGUACGUUCUACAGAAUUACCCAAUGCUUUGUCUGAAGUGGUUUAUCGCCUCGCUUGCAAUCACUUUUGUGAUUUCAAGUCCCAGCUCUGCUGAAGUCUCAUCGAGGAAUAACGGUCGUUACGAUCCAGUACCCUAUCGAUAUCAUGGGUAUCCUAAAGUAGCCCGUAACGAACUCGAACUCAGUACCCCCGGAUGCCGUAGUCAGAAGGAGACGAAUCCAGUUGCUGAACGCGUCCUGCGUCCACGCUAUCUAUGUGUCUUAAGAGAGCAAGGAGUUCCUGCCAUGAUCGUCAAAGUUGAAGACAACUCCGCACCUCUCUCGUAUGUCUUCAUUGCUUACACAGUAGAGCAAUUCCGAAGCAACGAGGAUAAGAUAGCUCUUCACAAGAUGGCCGAUGCAGCUGCUCGCAAUGCUGGAGUAUCGGCUUAUUGGGUCGGCUGCUCAUGUAUGCCUGAUGACCAGCUCCAAGAAGAUGUCUACCGUAUCUGUGACGUUAUCCGUGGAGCAUUCUCCUUGGUCAUUGCGGUGGGACGCCCACCAAAUGAUAUGUACGAUAUCAGCACGGUGGAUCGUAUGCUUCAACAAUGGGGUAGUAGAGUUUGGACGUUCCCAGAAGUACUUCUGGCACCUGCCGGGAAGGACGUCGAAGUAUACCUGCGUGAAAAUGACCUCGGAACCCCUUUGCGAGUGCCGAAGAAUCAGUUUGCUGAUAGAGUGUGGAGAGAUGACGCCCACGUUGCUCGCCAGCUUAUCGAGCAUUAUGAAGGCAACAUGAUACUAAGCCAGCUUGAGCUCGUUACGCUUGCACUGGAAUGUCUGCACAAAAGACACACCACUCAGUACUUACCCGGAGAUCAUAGCUAUGCACUCAUGGGACUUCUACGCAUCCGUCCCAAGAUUGAUCCGACUGACUCUGCGCUCUCAUUGGCCAAUGGCAGCGACCAGUUGCUCGAGCGGUUGAUCUGUGUCUUACCGAGGACUCCAGAUCAACCCUGGCAUUCCAUGGAUGAUGCGUACAAAGCGAAACUGUGGGAUAUCCUGCCCCAGGACGUCGGCAUUGCGGGUGUCGGUGAAGAUGACAGUAUCAUUUUGGAUGGCUGCCGCGCCGCUAAUGUACGUUGGAAAUCCUUCACACCUGUCGCACAUACUCGACGUGCAUCUUUCAAGCGGUGGCUCGCCAAGAAGAUGCUUCGUCUGGGUGGUGUGGUCUUCGCCGCUGCCAUUGUCCUUGCUAGUAUUUCAACGACGAGGCUUAUAGGCGUCAUACUCAUCAUCUACUCACUGUUACUGAUGGGUCUUUCCCCUUGGUUGCUUCGUAUGCUGUAUCUUGGUAAGUUCUGGGAGCAACAGUGCUGGUUUUUCGGUUUUGAAGGCUACAUGGACAUCGAUACCAUCGAGCGUCAACUCUUUGGAGGCAGGUUGGGUCGCAUGAAGUGGACCCCAUAUGCUAGUCCACUCUCGAGACACCACCGCAACGAGCAUGCAGAGUGCAUCCCCGAUGACCCAACUUCCGACCCUGCGAUUGCGGCACUGGUCCAACAGGCCAAAUGUGCUGGACCUGGGCAACAGCGCAUCUUCACGCUUGUCGAUACAGGCAAUAUGACAGCCACUCUCUUCCUUGCCGAACGCCCGCCAGUCUGCUUCCUGAUGGCCGGCUCUGAAGGUGGCAUGAAGCGGAUCAUCGGUUGUUCUUACGACUGGACAACUGGGACGAUGUAUCGUGAGACUGUACUGCGUAUGGAGACGCAAUUCGAAGACUCCAUGUGUCGGGUUGGUCGCGUCAAGAUCGGAUUCAGGCGAAGCCAGCAUCCCUCUAGUCCUCUAGCCGAAGUUGGCGAGGCUAAAGGGCAGCAGAUGUCUUGAGUUUUCUUCGUUCUCGCCUCGUCUUUUUGGUGUUGCUUUGCAUGAUUAGUGAGCUUUUGGUGUAUCACGCGGUCUUGAUGAC